GAGAAAAGAGGGGAAGGAAACAAGCCAGACGAGAAAAACUGGUCGAGUUGCUUUUGCUUUGCUCAUCAUUACAAAAGCAAGUCAGGAGCUUUUAUUAGUCUUAAUAUUUCGCUCCGAGUUACUGAUCUACGAAUUUCUCCUUAUCAGCGGACUUAUCUCACCUUUUCUUCUAGAACAUCAUUCCUCUCACUGACAGCCCACCUUUGACUGUAUUUUUUACUACUUGUUGAAUAGCACCGCUCCGCCCUCUAUGUGGAUUGCUUAGUGUUCAAGGUUCAGGAAGAUAACGAGAGGUGAGUGGCUGACGGAGAGCUUGUGUUAUGUUACCAGAGGAUCAUAUUACCGGAGACAGCAGGUUGGCUGAAACUUUAGCUGCCUUCAGAUCGCUGUGACUUGAAGCAAAACAGGAACUGGGACCAACAAAAGGAGUUUUUAAGAAGAUUUUCACAACUCACAGACUAUUUCCUGUCGUUUGAAGACGAGGGUUCACCAUGGGUGAGAAGACACAACUGUCGUUGCUGCUAAUUUUGCUGUGUGUGUCGGGGCUUGUCCCUCGUUCGGCUGCUUUCGUGUUCUGGACAGCCUUGUUGAAAACAGACUAUUAUCAGAGCAGCAAUGACACCAUCUCAAAGUCCUGUGAGUGUGGGGUGUAUGGCCGUAACUCUGAAGUGGCAGAAUUCUCAGGCUUUGUGGCUGUUCCCAAAGGAGAUCCCACAGGCUGUAGCCCAUACACUUCCUACGACCGGAACUCCAGCCAGGAAUGGAUCGCGCUGGUGAAAAGGGGCAACUGUACUUUCAGUGAAAAGAUCAACACUGCCAUGCACCAGGGAGCAGCCGGUGUGGUGGUGUACAAUGUGGACGACACUGGAAAUAGUACCACUUACAUGUCUCACCCAGACACAGGUGAUGCUAUCGCUAUCAUGAUUGGCAACAUUCAGGGCACAGAGAUCGCCAACUCGGUGAAAAAUGGAACUGUUGUGCACAUGUCCGUUUAUGUGGGCAAUCCUCACGGGCCUUUGAUGGACACGUACUGGCUCUACUUUCUGUCUAUCGCCUUUUUCAUCGUAACAGCCGCCUCGAUCGCCUACUUUGUGUUCAUCUCCGCAAACCGUCUGUACAGCAUGAGCAGACACAGGCGCACCGAGAAGAGGAUGAAGUCUGAGGCCAAGAAGGCCAUCGGGCGCCUCGAGGUGAUCACACUGAAACGAGGGGACGAGCUCACGACGUCUGACGCCAUGUGUGCCGUUUGCAUUGAAUCCUACAAAGCGGGCGAGGUGGUGACGGUGCUGACCUGCGACCAUGUCUUCCACAAAGCCUGCAUCGAACCUUGGCUGCUGGAGAGGAGGACCUGCCCCAUGUGCAAGUGCGACAUCCUGAAGGCCCUGGGAGUGGAGGAAGACGUCAAAGACGACAUGUCCACGAGUUCUCCACCAGAGGUCACUGUGAUCACAGUGACAGGAGGAGACGCUCUGUAUGAAGUCCCACUGAACGAGCCCAUGAGCCACGAACCAGAGCAACAGCAACAUCGCUAUGACAACAGGGCCUUUGUGGAAGAAGACUCUGAGGCUCCUAGAGGAUGAGCAGAAACAACAGGAAGAAAACAAUGAACAAUAGCAACUGUAACCCUUUGUAAUGAACGAGGACAGUGGAAUCAAGGUUCCAAUCAAAGAAAUAUGAUCUUCCAAAUCCAGACAUACUUAAGAAGAAAAAAAAAACAACUU